CUGACUUAAAGGGCGGAUUACUUCCUGAAAUUGACGUCGUGUUGUGAUGAUCGAGAGUGCGUGACCACAUGACGAUGUACCACAUGGCAUUGCCUCCCCAUAUGGGGGGUCCCCAUCCCCCUACUGUCCACUCCUCCUUAUUUCCUUCAGCAAUCCUGCCCCCUCCUAUGCCUCAUAAUUAUGCUAUUCAUACCUUUCCUCACUCGACCCACCAGACUCACUCGGCUCAUACUACGUCUCUAGCUGCGGCUGCCGCUGCCGCUAACGUCUCAUUACCUAUAGGGUCGGGGAAUUCUGCCCUGUUGACCCAUCCUUCCCCGAUGCUGUCCCAGCCAUCGCCAGUGUAUGCUCCACCGACCUCCAUUUACGUCAAUCCGUACCUCGCUACUCCCCUGCCACACACACACACCCACCCUACCCACCAACAUCCUUCUACUAUGGUGUAUGGCAUGCCCGGAGGUCCUCCUCCAGGGAUGAUGCCCCCCCAGCAGUCUGGCGGACAGACGGCUGCUCCGCCUCUACUCUCAGGACCUGUGCUCUCGGUAGAUGAAGAGUUGAUGGAGGAAAUGAACACUUUACAUCUGGGAUACAUUGAAACAGAAGAUUCUCCUCACAAACUGGAACAAAGAGAGAAACUAGAACGUGUUAUAAUGGAAUACCUGGCGAUCACACCUCACUCGCACAAGUUCACCUUCCAUCAAGUGUCAGAGGUGCUGGAAAACAGUGUCAACACAGUGGGUGAAUUCAGUGCAUAUAGUGCAGCUUGUGCGUUCGAUGCCUUGGCACAUUAUGCAGCUAACCUCAUAACACAACCAUGGAGAAAAGAAUUUCGAGAAAUUAAGCUGUACAGCGGCUUCUGGGUACACCAAGUAGCACAUCACCUAGCUGGUGCCGAGUCGGUACUCUCACUGAUGGGUUACGUUCCUCGCUCUCGUCCUCCUGCUGGGUCAUCUGACUGUGGCGAUCCAGCUUGCCUGGUCCUGGAAGGUGUUCUUGAUCCUGAUCUCAUCUCACGGCUUGCCCUUGAUUGUUUGAUCGCGUACUGUGAAUGUCAGGUGCUAAAGAAAAUCAGUGAAGGAGUGAGAGAGUUUGGCUUAACCUGGCGUCAGAUUUUACAGUUCAGACAGUUGCACAUUGGGGGCGUUGAUGUGACGGUACGACACCUGCUCUUCACCCUGAGGCAACGUAUACAACCACAGAGUCAAGUGGAGGCCAAUCAUAGACAGACGCCAUCAUCCUCCGGACCGCCCUUGCCAGUACGUCAGUCAUCCGCCAGUGGAACAUCCGCUUCUACAUCCAUACCAGUAUCCACCUCUCAUCCGGCUCAAGAUAAGUCUGGUGACCAACACAUGCCCCCAGAGCAGCAACAGCAGCAGCAUCAACAUCAUCAACAGCAGCAACAGCAACAGCAACAGCAGCAGCAGCAACAGCAACAGCAGCAACAGCCUGUCAAUGGAACAGGAAUCAGUGGUGGUGGUGGUGGUGGUAGUAACGUUGAUCAACGCAGUAGUUACCACCACCACCACCUGCAUCACCACCACCUGCACCACCACCCCAGCAGUCAGGCACCACAGCAGGCAACCUCCACUGUGGGGUCACCCCACAACCCCAUCUCUGUGUCACAGUCUCCUGGACCCCCACAACCUGCCCCGCCGCUCUCCUACUGUCGUAGUGCUGACACACCUGACACAGCAAAGAGUUUAAGUAGUUUGGGAAUUGGGUUGGGCAGUGGGCAGGUACCCACAGCUAAACUCAUAGAUCUUGACUCGUCCCAUGAAGCUCUGCCUGCCCCAAGAACUUCACAACUCCUGCCUAAGGUCUUGCCACAUAAGAGAAGUUCUAAAUCCACUGGAGUCAGCAGCCGUGUUGUACCUCUCUUAGAAACUUCAGAAUCCUGUCCACCUCCACCUCCCCCUCCUGAAGUUUUCCAGGCAGGCACUCUGGAUGAACACCUCGAAGCAUCACUUUCUAUUGUUAAAGAUCCGAAUAGAAACUCUACAAAUCUUAGCAUCCCUAAUGAUCAAGGUGGCAGCUCCUGGGAAACCUGGGACUUUGUGUAUCGGGGUCUUGAAAAAAGGGGAUAUAGCAAAGACAUAGGUGAUCGCGGCGACAUUCUCCACCAAAUAACACGUCAAAACCUUUAUCCAGAAGCAAUAACCCAUGGUAAGAACAACAACCUAAAUAACAAGAAAGAUGUUACGAAGAGUAAACCAUUAACCAUCAACCAAGCUUUGCAAGCUUUUACAAUUAAUGAAACACGAGAGAGAGUAGAGAGACCCUCCAGCUCCAGUAAAAGUUACCAGUCUGUAUCUCACGGUGCUGCUCCUGAUGUCUUCCCUAACCUUAUAAAGAGGAACAGUGUUUAUGAUAAUAUAUCUGCAGGCUUUGAGACAGCGCCCCAGGACAGUGAUGACUACGAGGAUAGAAAACCCAUGUUAAAGAAGACCGGCAAUUUGAUUAGGACGGACAAUAGAUUAGAUUUAAGUAAUAAAAAUAGCAGCAGUUCUUCUUCACCACGGAGUUUAAGUAUGAGUAGCAAGGGCUCUCACUCCAGACAGGAGUUGCCCUCGGAGACGUCGCACUCGACUACGACAGCCCCAACACUCCAGCCGGUGAGCAUUACAACCACCACCACCCACUCUAGAGAGACACUACCUCUUAAAGACAGUAUACUUGAAACACCAUGGUCCUGUAGCACUUGUACUUUUCUAAAUGACAAAACUCGAACAGCUUGUGACAUGUGUGGGAAGUCACGCGUACCGGGCCCAGAAGCUAAGCCUCUCAUAUCUGGUGGUAGACAGUGUCCCCAGUGUACACUCAUCAAUGAGAGAGGGGCACAGGACUGUUCAGCCUGUGGUGUACACCUGGAGGGGUCUUCCACGUAUAUAUAAAAGAAUGCUAUGUUAACCCUUAAACUGUCCAAACGUAGAUUUACGUUUGCGCGUGUAGUGCUCUGACCUUGAUUUUCUCCAUAAGAAACAAUGUAAAAAAAACAUAGAUCUACGUUCGGAGCACUACGCGAGCAAACGUAGAUCUACGUUUGGACAGUUUAAGGGUUAAAGAAAGUAAAUACUGAAAGUUAAAACAAUCAGGCAACCAGUAUUUUCUGGCUUUGCUAAAUGAUCAUUGUCUAUAGUUUUUUUUAUCUUGGUAAGUUACCCAUGAGUGUUGUGUUGUAUUACAUCGACUGUCGAAUAAUUAUUUUGUCAACUAAAAUUAUCACAUUGUGUCUGAGUAAGAGUUUUCCCAUUUUAUUAAGUCUCUCUCUUAUUGCAGGUCAGUUAAUAUUUCUUAGGCUCUAGCACUGAAGGUUAUUGAUACUUCAUCAAUGUGAACAUCAAUGGGGUGAAGUCUCUCAUAAUAUGCUGUGUGUUCAUCGCUGGUUGUUAGACCUGCAUUCUGGCCUCAAGUUGAACACACUUCUCUCUCUUUUAAUAGACAUUUUGCAGUCUCAAUUAUUUAGGACAUCAACAUUAAUUUUCUCUACAGUCAUAGUUUCUUUGUGGAACUUGUGGAGGUUAACAUUUUAACAGUUUGUCCUUAGUAAUGAAGAGUACAAAGUACUGGAGAAUGAACACAAAUGUUGAUUCGUUGAGUAAAAUAAUGACUACAUCAACUUUUAGUAAAAUAACGACUUAUGUUAAAAUGCCAGCGUUUAAUUUAACGUACAUUUUCUGUGAUGUUAGUCGAGUUAAACAUAAUACGAGGGCAGAUCAAAAAGUUUUUGCUUCUAUCGUUUUCUUAAUACCAUGUAACAAUAUUGGAUAUUUUCUUUGAUUACAUCUUGAUAUAGUUGUCAACCUUAUUGAAGCUUGUUAGCAGUUUGUUAAUGACUUCUGCAUGGAAUUCUAUGGCUGAUUUUGUAGUCAUUCAGGAGCAAUUGUCAUCACAACAUUGCAUCAGUAUAUUGUCGUCCUUGCAACCUCUUCAGAGGUUCAAACAUAUGAGAAUUACUGUGGACGAGAUGGGGUUAUUAUUUUUUGUAUCAGGAGAAAACUUUUCAGUCUGCCCUUGUGUAUAUGAGCUCAGUUUUCAAUUAUAAGUUAUAGCACGGGUAAGAAGCCAGUACAGUCAUAUGCUGCUUUACGUCAUUUUGGCCUACGUCAAAUUCGCUUUACGCCACUUUUUUUUUUCUAGAGUAAAUUUCAGAUCAAUGAAUGUCAUUACGUUUGGCUUUAUGUCACUUAGCAAUGUUACCUACUUCGUAAUUUUAACUGUGGCAUUAUUCUUUAAAAAAAAAGUGACAAAAAUGUGGUUUUACGGUUCUUUAAGGUUUAGAAAUAGUUAUAUUCUUUCCUGAGUUAUUUACACUAGUUUUAUGGUAUUUGUCAUCUUUUUAAGGCAUCAAGUCUGGUUUAUGUCAAAAUUGCGUUACAUCACGGCUGUUGGAACCUAUUAAUGAUGUUGGGCUGGGUACGACUGUAUAAGUAUUUACAUUACCUUACUGCAAAAUUAUCAUUGAGAGUUACAAUGCCAUAUAGUCUGGUUCCUUGUAUCAACAAUCGCUGGCACUUAAUUAUAAUCAAGCCAUAUUAUGUUUUGUAAGUGCCACUUCCCCCCCCCCCCCCAGAAAAUUCCGUAUAUGGAUAUCUAUUUUAAUAUAAAUGAUAUCGUGAAAAUGCCGAACUGAAUAUAUUUUCACAAAAUUUUUAGUAAUUAGUAGUGACUAGCAUUGAAUAUAAAGAUGUCACGACUUAGAAGCUAAGUUUGAUCUUGCUCUACUGCAAUAAUACAACUUUAAAGUGACUUUUGUCUAUACUGUAUAAUUAUUACGCAAAAACUUGUGUCACCUUUUACGGUAUAUUUUGAAGGAUAAAUUUCAGUAAUAAAAAGUCACAAUAUUGUAGUUGGAACAAUUGAACAAAAACCUGCACUUAUGAGAAGGAAGUUAUGAUGUAGCUCAUCCUGGACCAGUGUCAAGUGUCCUGGACCAGUGUCAAGUGUCCUGGACCAGUGUCAAGUGUCCUGGACCAGUGUCAAGUGUCCUGGACCAGUGUCAAGUGUCCUGGACCAGUGUCAAGUGUCCUGGACCAGUGUCAAGUGUCCUGGACCAGUGUCAAGUAUACUGGACCAGUGUCAAGUGUACUGGACCAGUGUCAAGUGUACUGGACCAGUGUCAAGUACACUGGACCAGUGUCAAGUUACACUGGACCAGUGUCAGGUGUACUGGACCAGUGUGAAGCAUGCUGGACUAGUGUCAAGUGUACUGGACCAGUGUCAAGUGUACUGGACCAGUGUGAAGCAUGCUGGACUAGUGUCAAGUGUACUGGACCAGUGUCAAGUGUACUGGACCAGUGUCAAGUGUACUGGACCAGUGUCAAGUACACUGGACCAGUGUCAAGUACACUGGACCAGUGUCAGGUGUACUGGACCAGUGUGAAGCAUGCUGGACCAGUGUCAAGUAUACUGGACCAGUGUCAAGUAUACUGGACCAGUGUCAGGUGUACUGGACCAGUGUGAAGCAUGCUGGACUAGUGUCAAGUGUACUGGACCAGUGUCAAGUGUACUGGACCAGGCUGGAUCAAAAUAUCAUUAGUUUCUUCUGGUCUCAAGUUUUUGGUAUACAUUUCAUUUUUGCCAGAGGUAAAAUGCAGAUAUUUUUACAUCAUCAGUGAGUGACAUAGGACACACUAGCCAUCAUAUAGUCAACAAAGUGCACUAACUAUUUUAUAUUCAAUACAACUUUUCUGUUUAACUGUUAAGAGCCAAUAUAUAGCGUAGAUAGUAAUACUUGUAUAGAUACCAUAGCUGGGAUAACCUAAUAUUCAUCCAUUAUAUAAACUUUAAAUUGUUGGUUUAUAUAACCCACAAGUGAAUAAAACGCAUGUAACAUGUAAGUGGCUUUAUUGUUGAGAAAUUUUAUUACUUUGUGGUUUUAUCAGUCCAAUAUUGAGAAUACUGAAGAUGGUGGAAGACAUAAGGUGAUCAGUCCUUCAGUCUUGAUGAAUGUGUUGAUAGUGGAAGACAUGAGGUAGUAGUCUGAGGUGAUAAGUCCCUUGGUUUUGCUAGGAAGUGUCAAGUCCGUCAGUCUUCAUGGACUGAACAUUUCCUAGCAAGAACGAGGGACUGAUCAUCUUAAACUAUUGUCUUCCACCAUCACCAGCAUUCUCUGUAUUUCACUGUUAUUUACACUGGUUUGUAAAAUAUCUCCCCAACCUAGCCAAGUGUUGCACGUGUUUCUGUUCCUUAACAUAAUAAGUUUUCCGACUUGUAGGAAUGUGACGCUUCACCACAUCAUGUUGAUGUGUUGUUAUAACGAGUAGUUGUUACGGCUAAUAUUUACCUUCCCGCCUUCAACAACAAAUAUUACCCCAUAUAGAAACCUGUAAUCAACUCUGUGUUCUUAAAUUUCGAUUCUAAUAUUUUUUUAUUUAUUAACACAUCGGCCGUCUCCCACCAAGGCAUGGUGACCCGAAAAGUUAAAACUUUCAUCAUUCACUUCAUCACUGUCUUGCCAGAGGUACACUUACACAACACUUAUAAAACUGCAACAUUAAAACCCCAUUCUAAUAUUACACAGUUUAUUUUUAUUUUUUUGUAUCAAGGGCACAGUGAACCCUCGUAUAAACUUCUUAUAUAUGCAAUUUUUUUUUUUAGUAAAUGCUGUGAAAAUGACAUGUAAAUUUGAGUAGCUGGAGGAAAAGUCUUCAGUACUUGGUGUUCAGUUUUGAUAAUUAAGGCACUUGAGUGUCUUUAUUGUGGUAAUGUUUCACCAUCCAGUGGUUUCCUCAGUUCAGUUCAAAGAAAAAUGGUUGAAGAUCAGAAGGUGUGUGAGGUAAUCAGUCCCUCAGCCUGGAGUCAUUGUAUUCAGUCCAAUAUUUUCAAGAUUGAACACACGGACUCCAAACUUAGGGACUGAUUACCUCAAACUCUUGAUCUUACAUCAUUAUUCUCUGUAUUGGACUGAGGAAGUCACCAGAUCUAUAUUCAGUUUUAAAUGAACUAUUUUUCACACUGACAAAGCCUCACAUUGUAUAGAGGAGGUUUAUAAGAAAACUGAUAGUGAUUCACAAGUUUGGAAGCCAAGAGAACAAACAUAUUUUUCCUGUUAUAAAGAACAGUCAAUACUAUGACUGGAACAAUACACGGAUAACCCGCAAAUAGGCGAGAGAACUUAUUACCACGUUAUGGACCAGCUUGGACCACUUACAGUCACACUGACUUUGUAAAUGGUCCAAGUUAGACCAUAGCAUUGCUGUAAGCUCCUCUCUCAAACAUGUGGGUUAUUUGUGUAUUUCCUGUUAUAGUCCAUGAGUGAUGCAAUAAUAUCACAGGCAGGUGAUACACUGAUAUACAAUAUAGCCACAGUGAAGAGCAAUAUUGCAAGUGCAUUUGUCAUCUCUCAUUAUUAAGGAAUGUGAGAGGUGACAAAGGUUCUUGAAAUAUUACUUAUCACUGUGAAUACAUUGCAAACUAGUCUUUGUAUAUUGCACUUGCAACUUUCCCCAAGUAUGACCGAUUGCAGCUGUGUAUGGGUUGUGUAUUAAGGUAUCAAUCCCCAGUCCGAUACCCGUAAUAUAUUUUCUCACGUCUUAUUCAUUACUCACAUUUUGUAAUCCACAUUCAAGCACAAUGAACUAAAUGAUUGACUUUAACUUGUAAAGUUAAAAUGUGUUUUUGGUUUGGUGUGAUUAACCAAAAAACAGGAAUAUUAUAUAUAUAAUUUUUUCGUUCCUCGUGUUGUUGAGAUGACGUUACGGAAAAGUGUUAUAUGGAAUGUUUAUUGUUAAUAGUAAACUGAGUUAUGUUAAAAAUGCUAGUGGAUGGUUUAACUGGUUUUAACUAUAGUGUUGUGCUGUAACUUGUUGCUGAUGUGACUCGGUACUGUAUCUUACAGCAUGUGUCUCAGUGCUGUUUUGACUCGGUACUGUAUCUUACAGCAUGUGUCUCAGUGCUUUUUUUGACUCGGUACUGUAUCUUACAGCAUGUGUCUCAGUGCUGUUUUGACUCGGUACUGUAUCUUACAGCAUGUGUCUCAGUGCUGUUUUGACUCGGUACUGUAUCUUACAGCAUGUGUCUCAGUGCUGUUUUGACUCGGUACUGUAUCUUACAGCAUGUGUCUCAGUGCUGUUUUGACUCGGUACUGUAUCUUACAGCAUGUGUCUCAGUGCUGUUUUGACUCGGUACUGUAUCUUACAGCAUGUGUCUCAGUGCUGUUUUGACUCGGUACUGUAUCUUACAGCAUGUGUCUCAGUGCUGUUUUGACUCGGUACUGUAUCUUACAGCAUGUGUCUCAGUGACUAAGUACAGCAUCAUGCAACAUGCAUCAUAGUGCUGGUGUUCUUGCUGUGAUAAGUACAGCACCAUGCAUCAUAGUGCUGGUGUUCUUGCUGUGAUAAAUACAGCAUCAAGCAGCAUGUGUUGUGGGUUACAAUAAACUCACACAUCUCAAGAAUUAUUUCACAAUAUACACUAGGAAGUUCAUCACUACAAUAGAUAUGAAAUUGAUAAUGAGUUUCAUUGUCAUUGUUUCUCAUCACAUCACCUAUUGAAAUUAUUCUUCACUAUCAUCCUAGAACAUGAGUAGCUGUGAUUAUACUGAAGGAUAGUGACCUGAAUGAUAGUCUGGUAGCAGUAGGUCCAUCACUGGUCCACUGGUACAGUAUUGAGUUUGCUACAUAGUCCUGCAGUAGUAGGUCCAUCACUGUACCACUGGUCCACUGGCUACAGUAUUGAGUUUGCUACAUACCAGGACUAUAGUUCAGGUCAUAGUCCUGCAGUAGUAGGUCCAUCACUGUACCACUGGUCCACUGCUACAGUAUUGAGUUUGCUACAUACCAGGACUAUAGUUCAGGUCAUAGUCUGGCAGUAGUAGGUCCAUCACUGUACCACUGGUCAACCCUUUGUACCACUGGUCCACCCUUCGUACCACUGGUCCACUGGUAGAACAUUGAGAAUUGUUCAUUGUGACUUCCGUUUAUACGUUGCCGUAUAAACACAAGUCACAGGAAGACAGAAAGAACCUAGAGGUACAUAUAGUUACAGUCUCUGAAAAUAAUAUCAGUGUGUUUACAGUCCAUCCAGACACAUAAUACAGUUCAUUUUUUUGUAGAAUUGUUGGUGCUGUAGUUUGUGACAAAAUGGCUGUAUCACUCGGUACAAACAUUGAAAUACCAGAUUGGUCUUUUGAUGUAAACUGGUAGUGGUUUACUGUUCUUAUGUAUGUUGGUGUAAAUGCAGAGUUAACAUGUUAUGGCCUCUUGUACCUAUACCACACACAGUGUUAUGUUCCUACACCACACACACACUGUUAUGUUCCUACACCAUACACGCAGUACUGAUAGUUAUGUACCUACACACACACACACACACACACACACACACACACACACACAGUACUGAUAGUUAUGUACCUACACACACCACACACACAGUACUAAUAGUUAUGUACCUACACACACACAGUACUGAUAGUUAAAGGUUAUAUUUUCUAAACAUUCACAGCAUUCCUCCCUGUGUAUAAUAUUGUACACUCCAAAGUGUAAACAUUUAUCAUGUAAUAAUAUACUAAAGAGUUAAAUUUAAUUAGUAAAAUGAGUAAAUUAUCAAGAAGAGUUUGAAGGUUACUAACCUCAAUAACAAGUUCUUAACUUGGGGAAACUUAAAGUGUUCACGGAGGUGCUGGUAUGGUGUGCUAUGAUACAAAUUAUGCUGUUUAUCUGGAGUUUAUCUGGAGAGAGUUCCGGGGGUCAACGCCCCCGCGGCCCGGUCUGUGACCAGGCCUCCUUAGGUCAGUGUCCCAGGAUGCGACCCACACCAGUCGACUAACACCCAGGUACCCAUUUUACUGAUGGGGAACAUAGACAACAGGUGGAAAGAAACACGUCCAAUGUUUCUACUCUGGCUGGGAAUCGAACCCAGGCCCUCACCGUGUGAAGCGAGAGCGUUAACCACCAGGCCACCAGAGCCCUUUGUAGCAAAUCUAUUGCAACAAAAUUUUAGGAAGUGGAGUUGUGUAGUUGCUGCCAGAGUUAUUUUAGUCUUGGUGGUAUAAAAAUACUUUACACAAGUACAUGAUGUUGCAGUAGGCCUACUGGCCUAUACUUGGCAAGGACUCGUAUCCAACUCUUCCCACUCACGUAUUUCUACAGCCUGUUCUUUGAUCUUAGUGGGUGUGGCGCUUCUUUUUGAUUAUAAUCCAGUCUGUUCUUAGAGUUGCCAACAAAUUAAUCUCAAUAACCAUAAUAAUGGAUGCUAUACUGACCCUACUGAAACUCAAACAUUCUCACCCAUUUGUCCAGCCUAUUUUCCCAGCUACUAAAGAAUUAACUUCAGUAACACUAUUUACUAGUGUAUUUGUCAAAGCUAUUUUUGACAAUGUUCACUUGGGAAUCCUUUGACCUGUAUUGUUUAAUUAAAUUGUAGCUUAAUACCUUUAUUAUGCACCCCAUACCCAUCCUUUGGGUGGUAGGCAAAAAGAUUGCUGAGGCACAUAAUAAGUCCAGGGACUAUAUCUCAACAUUACAGAGCCACAUAAUGGAUUUAAGCACUGUAAUUCAACAUUACAGAGGCACAUAAUGGAUUUAAGCACUGUAGUUCAACAUUACAGAGGCACAUAAUGGAUCUAAGCACUGUAAUUCAACAUUACAAAGGCACAUAAUGGAUCUAAGCACUGUAGUUCAACAUUACAGAGGCACAUAAUGGAUUUAAGCACUGUAAUUCAACAUUACAGAGGCACAUAAUGGAUCUAAGCACUGUAAUUCAACAUUACAAAGGCACAUAAUGGAUCUAAGCACUGUAGUUCAACAUUGCAGAGGCACAUAAUGGAUCUAAGCACCUUAAUUCAAUAUUACAAAGGCACAUAAUGGAUCUAAGCACUGUAGUUCAACAUUGCAGAGGCACAUAAUGGAUCUAAGCACUGUAAUUCAACAUUACAAAGGCACAUAAGAGGUCCAGUGACUGAGCUGCAAAGUUCUGAUAGGAAAAUACUUUUUUGUACACUCAGUUUCUCUAUAAAUGCAGGUGACAAGGUAAUCAAUAAUCACAGAGCAGUUAACAACAUACAUCAAUAAUCAUAGAGCAGUUAACAACGUACAUCAAUAAUCAUAGAGCAGUUAACGACGUACAUCAAUAAUCAUUGAGCAGUUAACAUGGCCUUCAUAAUACUUGCUAUUCAAUUUUGAGUGGCUUUUAAAUCCCCUUCACAAAAUUCACAAUAUACAGUGGACCCUCGACCAACGAUGGCAUCGACUAACGUUAAAUUCGACUAACGAUACAUGUUAACGCUAACAUGUUGCCUAGACUAACGUUAAAAAACUCUACUAACGAUAAUCGUUCUCAGGUACCAAUUAAUAUCGUUAGUCGAGGGUCCACUGUACAGCAUAGUUCAGUGAGAAGCUUCAGUACAAGUGGAAACAUAUUGGUAAUAUACUGCUGUGUACAUAUAGUUUAUGCCAUUCUAUGAGAAGGUAUUUCCUCCAUCACUGACUUGUAUUAAAUUCAAAUUUUUAUUUUUUUUCAUGCUGUACACAGAUAAUAUAGUUUACAUGUAAGAUACAAAAAAAAAGCCACUAGUAUGCAGUGUAUUUGUUGCAGACUAAUAAAGUAUGAUGGGGUUCAACAUCUUCACAAUAAAAUGCCAUAAAGUACAUUUUUUUUUUUUUUGACACGUUGGCCGUUUCCCACCAAGGCAGAGUGACCCAAAAAAAAAGAAGCACUUUCACCAUCAUUGUCUUGCCAAAGGCACACAGAUACUCCUCUAAACUGCAGAUAUCCCGACUCCUCCUUCAGAGUGCAGGCACUGUACUUUCCACCUCCAGGACUCGAAUCUGGCUUCAUAAAACUAACCUUGCCCACACUCCAACAGCAUGUCAAGUCCCAAAAACCAUUUGCCUUCACUCACUCCUAUCUAACGUGUUAACUCACCUGCUGGAUGAGUACACAUGAUUUACACAUGAUUUAUAUUGUAGUAUUAACAUUGAAAAUUAAAGAGUUGAAGCAGUUUACCCAGUGAAUUUUGUUCUUUAUUUUACAAAUUCACUGUUAAAAUUUGUUAUGUUGAUGUUUUGAUGUCUAUUUAAUGAAGGAGAUAGAUUACAGUAUGAAUACGUAAGAGUGACACUAUAAUUUACUGUAUCUGGUCAAAUAUUUCCAGCAUCUUUUUUCUGGUUGUGUUAUUACUGUUAUAUAAAAAACUGGAAGUAGGUAAGCAGGCAGUUAGCAGGUGUAGAGGAAAUGUAGUAGUACAGUGGAAUCUCGGUUUUCGUCAUUAAUUCGUUCGAAAAACUCUGAUGAAAACCUGAAUUGUAUGAAAAUUCAAGCAAUAUUUCCCAUGAGAAAUAAUAUAAAUCCAAUUAAUCCAUUCCAGACACCCAAAAAUAUUAACAAAAAAUACAUUUUAUAGAGAAUAACUAUAGUUUUAGGUUGGUAGACAGCAGCCGCCCAGGGAGGUACUACCGUCCUGCCAAGUGAGUGUAAAACGAAAGCCUAUAAUUGCUUUACAUGAUGGUAGGAUUGCUGGUGUCCUUUUUUGUCUCAUAAACAUGCAAGAUUUCAGGUAUGUCUUGCUACUUCUACUUACACUUAGGUCACACUACACAUACAUGUACAAGCAUAUACAUGUAUAAACACACCCCUCUGGGUUUUCUGCUAUUUUCUUUCUAGUUCUUCUUGUUUAUUUCCUCUUAUCUCCAUGGGGAAGUGAAACAGAAUUCUUUCUCCGUAAGCCAUGCAUGUUGUAAGAGGCAACUAAAAUGCUGGGAGCAAGGGGCUAGUAACCCCUUCUCCUGUAUAAAUUACUAAAUUUGAAAAAAGAAACUUUCGUUUUUCUUUUUGGGCCACCCCGCCUCGGUGGGCCACCCCGCUUCGGUGGGCCACCCUGCCUUGGUGGGCCACCCUGCCUCGGUGGGAUACGGCCAGUUUGUUGAAAGAAAAGAAGAAAUUAGAGUUUUACAUACAAACUAGGACAUACGAAAACCAAGGUUCCACUUAGUUACUGAUAUAACAUCAGAUAAUAUGUAAGGUAGUGUUCGGUAAUAGUUACUGAUACAACAUCAGAUAAUAUAUAACAGGUGCUUAUUUGAGCUACAGUAUUAGGAAGACUGAAAAAAUUUAAUCUUGAGAGAAUGUAGAAGUGUUUUUUCCUAUAUUAUUAUUAUUAUUAUAAUUAAAAAGAAGCGCUAAGCCACAAGGGUUAUACAGCGCUGCGUUUUUUUCCUAUAACAGUGGCAAACUGUGUGAUUGCAUUUAUAACAGGUGGAUAAUGGCUAGUUUUCUGUUCUGGUGUUUAUUUUAUUGCAUGUUAAAUACAUUUUGUAUAUUCCUUUUUUUUUAAAGUAUGAAGUACCUUGGCCAUGCUCUCUAAUCUUGCAAUGGCACUGAAUAACCUCUCAGCACUUACACUUUCCAUCAAUAUUAUAAUUAAAAUGUAAAUCAUUAUUAAAAAUAUAUGACUUAAGUUGUUCUUGAACUGGUACACUUAUACGGUGGUCUGUCGAGUUGCAAUAUUAAUGUCUUACAGAUGUAUUGUACCUGCAAACUGUGGUAAUAUCAGCCACAAAGUACCUGGGUUAUGGUACCACAAACCUGGGUUAUGGUACCACAAACUACCUGGGCUAUGGUACCACAAACUACCUGGGUUGUGGUACCACAAACUACCUGGGUUAUGGUACCACAAGCUACCUGGGUUAUGAUACCAUAAACUACCUGGGUUAUGAUACCACAAACUACCUGGGUUAUGGUACCACAAGCUACCUGGGUUAUGAUACCAUAAACUACCUGGGUUAUGAUACCACAAACUACCUGGGUUAUGGUACCACAAGCUACCUGGGUUAUGCUAAUUCAAUGCAAAACCUGAGAACUCAACUUUUAUUUUACACACUACCACAUAACUUCUCCCCCUUCAUCUGCUUCUCUCAUUAACAAAAGUCUUUCCAUCUCAGAAUAUCUGACUUUUUUUUUCACUAGCUUAAAUUCAUCAGAAACUUUUAAUAUUCUAUAUUAUUUCUUUUGUUUGAUAAUAGCAAAGAUGUUUUACGAAAAGUCAUACUAACGCAAUUAUGCACUAAUUCCUUGCCUCAGAGAAAUUUCUUGUUCACUGCACACUUUACAGGCCAUGAUGACUUAACACAAAAGAUGGCGUAAUUAUAACAGAAAUGCAUUUUUUUUAACACGUCGGCCGUCUGCCACUGAUACAGGGUGACCCAAAAAAAAAAAAAAAAAAAAAAAAAACUUCCACCAUCAUUCAACACCUUCUCCAUCAUUCACACACAACUUAGGUUAAUUUUGUCCCCCAGGAUGCCACCCACAACACUCGUACCAUCAUAUACACAUCACAUCCUGUUUUUCAUUGCAACUCAGAAAUAUUGUAACUCAAGUGACCACUGUAUUCACAUUUCAGUUAUCUAUAUAUAUUACUAACAUGUUUAUUUAUACAUGUUCACUUAUACGUGUUACUAAUGUGUUUGUUUAUACAUGUUACUAACAUGUUUGCACAUGUUACUAAUGUCUUUAUUUAUACAUGUUACUAACAUGUUUGUUUAUGCAUGUUUCAACAUGUUCUCUGCAUGUUACAAACUCAUAAUGUUUCUUUGUGCUUUCCUCCACUAAAUUAUACGACAAAUGCUGUAUAAUUUGUCCAAUUAUCCAUUUAAUAAUUAACAAGUAUUGUAAGGUACCAGUGGUCCUUGACUUACGUUGGGGUUAUGUUCUGAUGAACCGUUCCUUUGUACGCCAAAAAUAUUGUAAAUUUGAUAGUAUGAAUAUAAUAUGCUAAGUAAAUAAAUAAUUACUGUCACUGAAAAAUUAUAUGAGCAAAUAAUACUGUAACUAACUGCUUUUGCACCAUCAUGAAGUUGAACCAUCGAAAGUCGAACCAUCCUAAGUCGAACUAUCGUAAGUCGAACCAUCCUAAGUCGAACCAUCGUAAGUCGAACCAUCAUAAGUCGAACCAUCCUAAGUCGAACUAUCGUAAGUCGAACCAUCCUAAGUCGAACUAUCGUAAGUCGAACCAUCAUAAGUCGAACCAUCGUAAGUCGAACCAUCAUAAGUCGAACCAUCAUAAGUCGAACCAUCAUAAGUCGAACCAUCGUAAGUCGAAAGGUCAUAAGUCGAACCAUCGUAAGUCGAACCAUCAUAAGUCGAACUAUCGUAAGUCGAACCAUCAUAAGUCGAACCAUCAUAAGUCGAACCAUCAUAAGUCGAACCAUCGUAAGUCGAACCAUCAUAAGUCGAACCAUCGUAAGUCGAAAGGUCAUAAGUCGAACCAUCGUAAGUCGAACCAUCGUAAAUCAAGCCAUCGUAAGUCGAGCCAUCGUAAAGUCGAACCAUCGUAAAGUCGAGGAGCACCUGUGUAUUAGAACUCUCAUGUUCAUCACUUGUUGUCUUCUCUCAAGAACUGUAAAUCAAUCAUCUCAUAAUCACGCAAGGAAAAAUAUCUUACUUUUUAUAACACUUGUUGGCUGGAUUAACCCGUAAACGGUCCAAACGUAUACAUACGUUUUUUUCAACAUUUGAAAGUAUAUAAAAAAAGUAGAUCUUUUUGUUUUUCUACAUUUGAAAAUGCCUAAAAAAAACUUUGAUCUUUUUUUUUUGUUAUAUUUGAAAAUAUAUAAAACAACAUAGAUCUACUUUUGUAGCGCUACACGUGUAAACGUAGAUCCGCUUGGACCGUUUACGGGUUAAAGUCAGGACUUGGAGAAUUAUUUCAAGAGACAUUGGCUUGCAUACUUUAAGUUCACUUAUAAAGCUCCUUUAUAUGUGUACUUUAUUGUAACUUACAUUCAAAAAGUCUUUACAGAAUUGAAUAGUGUGAAGAAAGGCUUCAAUAUUACGCACGUCAAUUUUAGAUGCACUUUUAUAAUUGCAUUUAGAAACACACCACACUGUAUGGAGCUUUAUGAGAGAGCUGACUGUACAUUGAGGAGCUUUAUAAGACAGUUGACUGUACAUUGAGGAGCUUUAUAAGACAGCUGACUGUACAUUGAGGAGCUUUAUAAGACAGCUGACUGUACAUUGAGGAGCUUUAUAAGACAGUUGACUGUACAUUGAGGAGCUUUAUAAGACAGUUGACUGUACAUUGAGGAGCUUUAUAAGACAGUUGACUAUAUAUUGAGGAGCUUUAUAAGACAGUUGACUGUACAUUGAGGAGCUUUAUAAGACAGUUGACUGUACAUUGAGGAGCUUUAUAAGACAGUUGACUGUACAUUGAGGAGCUUUAUAAGACAGUUGACUGUACAUUGAGGAGCUUUAUAAGACAGUUGACUGUACAUUGAGGAGCUUUAUAAGACAGCUGACUGUACAUUGAGGAGCUUUAUAAGACAGUUGACUGUACAUUGAGGAGCUUUAUAAGACAGUUGACUAUAUAUUGAGGAGCUUUAUAAGACAGCUGACUGUACAUUGAGGAGCUUUAUAAAACAGCUGACUGUACAUUGAGGAGCUUUAUAAAACAGCUGACUGUACAUUGAGGAGCUUUAUAAAACAGCUGACUGUACAUUGAGGAGCUUUAUAAGACAGCUGAUGGUAUAUUGAGGAGCUUUAUAAGACAGCUGACUGUACAUUGAGGAGCUUUAUAAGACAGCUGAUGGUAUAUUGAGGAGCUUUAUAAGACAGCUGACUGUACAUUGAGGAGCUUUAUAAGACAGCUGAUGGUAUAUUGAGGAGGUUUAUAAGACAGCUGACUGUACAUUGAGGAGCUUUAUAAGACAGCUGACUGUACAUUGAGGAGCUUUAUAAGACAGCUGACUGUACAUUGAGGAGCUUUAUAAGAUAGCUGACUGUACAUUGAGGAGCUUUAUAAGACAGCUGACUGUACAUUGAGGAGCUUUAUAAGACAGCUGACUGUACAUUGAGGAGCUUUAUAAGACAGCUGAUGGUAUAUUGAGGAGCUUUAUAAGACAGCUGACUGUACAGUGGUACCUUGAGUUACGAACUCAAUUCAUUCCAGAAGGCUGUUCGAGUGCUGAUACCCAACGAAUUUCUUCCCAUGAGGAAUAAUGUAUAUUAGAUUAGUCCAUUUCAGACCCCCAAAAAUACACUUACAAAAGCACUUACAAAAAUACACUUACAAAAGCACUUACAUAAUUGUUCGAGUUGAGAGCUUUUCGAAACUCGACGUACCACUGUAUAUUGAUAAGCUCCAUAAAACAGCUGACUGUAAAUAAACUCGAAUUUCCCAAAUUGGGAAAUAAUUUUAUAUAGUGUAUCUUUGGUUGGUUGGGGAGGAAGGUAGAAGUUAAUGUUCCAUACUCCAGUACCUGUUAAUGGGGCUAAACAGUGGGAAAGAUAAUUGAUUUUUUAACACACCGGUCGUCUCUUGCUGAAGUAGGGUGACCAGAAAUGAGGAAACACUUUCACCAUCGCUUAUUCAAUUGCUGCAUUGUCAGGAUCAUUCUAAUAUCAGUUCAGAUGGACCUCUGAACUACAACAUUCUUACCCACCUUCCAGAGUACAAGUACUGUACAUCCCACCUCCAGAACUGUAACAUCCUCACUCAUCCUUCAGAGUACAGGUAUUGUACUUCCCACCUCCAGAACUGUAACAUCCUCACCCAUCCUUCAGAGUACAGGUAUUGUACUUCCCACCUCCAGAACUGUAACAUCCUCACCCAUCCUUCAGAGUACAGGUAUUGUACUUCCCACCUCCAGAGCUGUAACAUUUUCACGCAUCCUUCAGAGUGCAGGCACUCUACAUUCAACCUCCAAAACUCAAAGUCUUGCUACCUGGUUUUCCCUGAAUUCCUGCUCAUGCUCCAACAGCACAUUAGGUCACUAAAACCACCAGUCUUCACUGUUGUCUAAUACACUCACAAUAAUCAUCAAGGUUGGUCAGGGACCUGCAUAUACUAAUGCUGACAAGAGUGGGUAUAAGAACACAAGUUUUACUUCUAACAUCUAAUUCAAGGCAGAGGUUUAUCAAGACAUGAUAUAACAAAACUCAAGUGUAACCAGAUCAGAAAUACAGUAGGGUGCGGGUUACGUUCCAAGGACCUGCCGUAUUACCAAAACCCUGGAUAGUAGCAAACCCUAUAUGCAAGUCCCAUACAUGUCUAUUAUAAAGUGUAAUUCAUAAAUUAUGCACAUUAAGUGGAGAAUUAUCACUUUUUUCACCGAUGGAAAUCACUUCACAGCUUCUCUUAGGCUUUUAAAAACUAAAUAGUGGAUAACUGAAAUCGUGUAUACCAAAUCAGUGGAUACUGGGGUUCUGCUCUAUAUUAACCCUUAAACGGUACAAACGUAUAUAUACGUUCACGCGCGUAGCGCCCCAAACGUAUAUAUACGUUUUCUUUGUCAUUCAUUCAACAUUGCCACAAUAAGCCUGAGUCACCUAGACAUGAGAGAAUGGGUGUGUGCACUCACUGUGUGCCAUAUUAAAAUAAUUGGGAAUGCCUGGGUACCAUAUGCUCUUUUUUCCUUUUAAAAGAAAAGAUUUUUUUUUUCCUCAAAAAAUUUGGGGCGCUACGCGAGUGAAUGUAUAUAUACGUUUGGACCGUUUAAGGGUUAAUAAUUGAUUACCACUCAUACUUGCUUAGCUGCCAUAACACUGUGGUUCAGUUCCUGGAUCCAUUAUGUGCUUCUCUAAUAUGUGGACUACCACAGACAGUAUAAAUAUGGGGGUACAAAAUAGAGCUAAUUAAAUACAGCUUCAUAUGUUACUUAAUGAACAUUAUCCUGGUAAAAGCUUGUUCAUACCAUGGAAGGAGAUCAUUAAGACAUGUGUAUCAGUUAGAUAUCCUUAUUCUGAUACAUUUUGCCUACACAGUAGACUUCUUUAGUUGAAUACAGAGGAGGCAGCAGAAGCAGUAGAGAUGUAGAGACGAUGUAAUCAGUCCACCACAUUGUCGAGGGUGAUGGACUGAUUAUAUAGUUUUUAAAGCUCUACUCCUCCUGCUGCCUACUCUGUACUUGACUAAAAAAAGCCUACUGUAUAGGUGAAAUAUUUCAGACUAAAGAUACCUAACUGCUGUACAUGUGUCUUACUUGUCAUCUCGUCAACAUAGUAUACCAUUAUCAUAUUCACAUCAUGGAAAGAGGAGAACAGAGAAGAGAAUGUGGCAACUGAUUAUCGUGUUCCUUAUUGGCAGUAAACAUUUGGUGGGAGCCAUUUUGUAAUGUGUAAUAGAGGUCAUCAUGAAUGGGUGAUAUACGAGAAAGUUAUGCGUGUGAUUAUUAAAACAUUGAGGAUAUUUCAUCGUCCAAAUAAGCAGUUAUCACGUUCUUUGUGAUGAUCUUUUGCCUCGUGUUCUUCAUUGAAGAAUGUCGGUAAAUUUGUUAGACAGGAACGGCCUUUUGAGUCAUGAAUCAAAUUAUACUCAUUAAGAUGACUGCCUCACGGGCGACUGCCUCACAGGCGACUGCCUCACGGGCGACUGCCUCACGGGCGACUGCCUCACGGGCGACUGCCUCAUGGGCGACUGCCUCACGGGCGACUGCCUCACGGGCGACUGCCUCACGGGCGACUGCCUCACGGGCGACACAGUUAAUAACCAAUCCUGAGUUAACAUGUUAUACAGUGGCUCCCAGACAUAACAUUGAAGGUUCCGCAGUAUCACUGGAGUUAACAAUCUCUUGCAUAGACAGUAAGUUUCAUGAUGUGUUAUUUGUGAUAUUAACUACAUCUCUCGGUAAAUAUACAUGGAGAGAGUAUUUCAAUUACUAUCUUAGGUGUUAACACUUAACCCUUUCAGGGUUGGCAGGCCCUCUUCUAAACUUUUUCUCAGGGUCGGUAAUUUUUAGAAAAAAAAAAAAUUCUUAUGAAAUGAUAGAGAAUCUCUUUGCAAUCAUAAUGACACCAAAAGUAUGAAAUUUGAUGGGAAACUUACGGAAUUAUGCUCGUGAAGUUAGCGGUCUCGACGAUGUUUACGCAUCAGCGAUUUCGCCCACUUUGAGCCCUAUUUUCGGCCAAUUCCAAUGUACCAGUCGUCAAAAAUCAUAAUUAUUUCGCUAGAACUCCAUUUUUUCUAUCGAAUGAGUACAAGAAACCACCCAUUUACCGAUUUCAACUAUCCAAUAAAGUGCUCCAAAAUUGGCAAUUUUGCCAAUUUCACACAAAUUUCAGAAGAUGCCAAUUUCCAAACAGGGUCCAGAAUAAACAAGACAGACAUUCCUGGCACUAAAAUAACAUUUCCACUGUUCAUUAGUCAUGUCCCCAGGCCUCUGUUACAUUUCUUUUGCUUUCCACUUUGAAUUUUUAUUCUCAAAAAAUAGAAGAUUUACUGUUAUGCAGACUACUACAUUAGUGUAGAAAUGGUAUAAAUAAUAUCAGCGCACUUGUGAAAGAAUAUUAGACUUACCAAUUGAUGUGUAUUGGACGCAUGGCUUGAUUUAUUUACUUUUGAACUUUGGCAAAAAUCAAACAUUUCUGCUACUUUGAGCUCAAUUUCGAGGUACUUUUCAUUGUGAAACCACUGAAAAAUCAUCUCAAUUUCCGUAAUAUGUCUUCCAUUCUAUAAAAUGAGACCAUGAAAACUAGAAUACAACCAUAAAUAGCAUACGAAAAUACACUGCAAAUUCAAUGUUUUAAACCAAAAACACGGUUGGAGUUUUUUUUUUUUUCUCAUUAUGCACUGUGUGCUGCAGGAUUCUUUUUUUAUACUGCACACACCGACCACAUAGACCUAUUCUUUCAUAUGUAGGCCUACCAGCUUUCUCUCGCUAGAUUUGAAGGCGCUAGAAUUUAUGCGUACUAGUACGGCAACAACCCUGGCGUGCAAGCCGUACUAGUAAGGGACCAACCCUGAAAGGGUUAAAUUGUUCGAAUGUAGAUCUGUUUUUUUUUUUUUUUUUACAUGCUUUAAAUGUAAAAAAAAUGUAGAACUGCGUUUGGAGCGCUAGCGGUGCAAACGUAGAUCUACGUUUGGACAAUUUAAGGUUAAAAUAUUUUCGACUAGUGGCAAAGAAGUUCUAUGGAAUCUUGAUGACCCUUGUGUAGUCGACAGCCUUUGAACCCCAUUAACCAACCAGGCAGACCCUGCUUUACAGCAUUUAGCUUAAUGGUGCUUGACUAAUACAGCAGCUUUCAAUUAUAUGCAUUCUUCAUUUAUCCAGACUUCCUACAAUAAAUAUACAGGUCUCCCUCAACAUUCGCGAGGGUUAGGGGAUCAAGAGCCUCACGAUUCUCUUCAAUUCUAUCGUAUUAUUAUUAUUAACAUGAUAGAAUUGAAGAAGGAAAUACAGUGGACCCCCGGUUAACGAUAUUUUUUCAUUCCAGAAGUAUGUUCAGGUGCCAGUACUGACCGAAUUUGUUCCCAUAAGGAAUAUUGUGAAGUAGAUUAGUCCAUUUCAGACCCCCAAACAUACACGUACAAACGCACUUACAUAAAUACACUUACAUAAUUGGUCGCAUUGGGAGGUGAUCGUUAAGCGGGGGUCCACUGUAGUACAAAAAUACAAGGGUUGAAGCAGUGGUGGAAGAAGUGGUUGAUGCAUUGUCAGUGUGACUGUUUAUGCUGGAGUGAGCAUUAGUCUCCGUGCUCUUCCAAACAUCUCACAAUAAUUCAUUGUGUUUGGUGCUUGUAGAUUGAGUGCGACUGGAGUGGUAGAGGCAAUGGUAAAGGCAGUGGUAGAGACAAUGGUAGAGGCAGUGGUAGAGGCAGUGGUAGAGGCAGUGGUAGAGGCAGUGGUAGAGGCAGUGGUAGAGGCAGUGGUAGAGGCAGUGGUAGAGGCAGUGGUAGAGGCAGUGGUAGAGGCAGUGGUAGAGGCAGUGGUAGAGGCAGUGGUAGAGGCAGUGGUAGAGGCAGUGGUAGAGGCAGUGGUAGAGGCAGUGGUACAGGCAGUGGUACAGGCAGUGGUACAGGCAGUGGUACAGGCAGUGGUACAGGCAGUGGUUGAGGCAGUGGUUUUUAAUAACAUAAUAAUAAUACAUGUUAUUAAUAACAUGUAUUAUUAUUAACAUAUAUCUUAUUAAAUACUACUGCCUAUACCACUUCCUCAACCGCUGCCUCAACCACUGCCUCAACCACUGCCUCUGCCACUCCAGUCACACUCAAUCUACAAGCACCAAACACAAAGAAUUAUUGUGAAAUGUUUGGAAGAGUGUGGAGACUAAUGCUCACUCCAGCAUAAUCAAAGCCACACUGACUGACGAUGCAUCAACCACUUCUUCCACCACUCCUUCAACCCUUGUAUUUUUGUACAAUUUCCUUCAAUGUUAUCGUAUUAUUAUUAUUAUUAUUAUUAUUAUUAUUAUUAUUAUUAUUAGCAGUAGCAGUAGCAGAAAUGUUUGGUUCUUUGCCGUGUUCAAGAGUAAACAUAUGAUGUCACCGUCCAAUACCUGUCUGAAUAGCCAUUCCAAUAUUCAAUCAUGAAUGGGUUGACAUUAAUUAUACUGUAGUUUAAUAGCAAAUAAUGAACAAACAAAACACUCACCACACUGAGUGGUGGGAGGGCUGGCUGCCAGUUUUGGGGGUCGGAGGGAGGGUAGUAGGGACUCGCGAGUGGCAGGAAACUUAAAUAUGAUUUGGCGGCUGGGAAUUUGGCGGUUGGGAAUUUGGCAGUUGGAAAUUCGCGAAUGUGUGAAGCCCGCGAAUGUUGAAGGAGACCUGUAUUCACCACUCAUUGUAAGCUAAGGACAAAAACGACAAAAAUAUUUUAAGGGAAGUACAGUGGACCCCCGGUUAACGAUAUUUUUUCACUCCCGAAGCAUGUUCAGGUGCCAGUACUGACUGAAUUUGUUCCCAUAAGGAAUAUUGUGAAGUAGAUUAGUCCAUUUCAGACCCCCAAACAUACACGUACAAACGCACUUACAUAAAUACACUUACAUAAUUGGUCGCAUUCGGAGGUGAUCGUUAUGCGGGGGUCCACUGUACAAACACUCCUCACUUAACGAUGGCUCAGACUUAUGACCAGCUCUCCGACCAAUAUGCACACCUUAGUAAUGUAUAUUAAAGCUGAUUUCUUCUAUAUAAACAUUUACAAAUAUACAAAAAAACACUACAAGUGGUGCAAAGGUGACAUUAAAACAAUAUCUUAAGAUGGAUGACAUAAACCCACUAUCAAUACAGUAUGCUCCUCGCUUAACGACCAAUUCGUUUACCGACAAACUCUUAAGAAUGGAGCUCUUAAGUGAGGAGUACCUGUAAUUUGUGUACUGUAUAUGCAUUUUAUAGGCCUAGCUCUGUUGCUCACAGCUGUAUAGCCCUUGUGGCUUAGCGUUUCUUUUUUUAUUAUAAUAAUAAUAUCUGUUGCUCACUUAAUAUGUGAUAGUGUAAACAUGUUAUCAGGCUUUUAUAUGCAUUUGAUAGUGAAAAAAAUGUGUUUCACUUUACAGUGGUACAGAACCUGUAUAAGUGGGGUCCUCCUGUACUUUUACAGCUACAUUAUCAUGGAAAUAUGAGGUUCUCUACACAUAUACUGCUAUGUAUGAUAAUCUAUGUAACUAUUUGUGUAUACCUGAAUAAACUUACUAAAACAGGGUCAGACUCAAACAUUUACUAUAUAAUAUUUCUUGACAGAGCAGUAAAGUCUUGUAAUCGUACCAAAGAGAAGAUAGUGUGCAAUAAUGUUGCAACAGAUCUUAUCAAAUUUAGCUAUUGUAAAUGUAACUAUCUUAGAUGUUUUUUUAAAAACACUGAACGUUUUUAUACCUGUGCAAUAUUUUGUAAAAAACUAUCCUAGAAUGUGAUGUAGUUUGUCUUUGAGGACUUGACUGUGCCAUUGUGGGAAUAAUGGAGGAACUUGUACUUGCUUCUAGAAUGGUAUAAAUUGACACUUUCUAAAAUUGUGUCUUUUUUAUCAUGAAGUUAAGAUUGUAAUAAUAAUAAUAAUGAUGUGAAAGUAAGUCCAGACAGUCAUUAUUGGUCUCUGGUCAUACAUUACACUGUUUACAUUGGCUUGACGUAGUUCCUGAUGAGAGAAAUUUAGCAAGUGUCACAUUUGUUGCACAUAUCCACUAACUUAUAUUGUGGAUAGUAUAACCAGUAAUUAAUCAUCGUUCUUAAUACUGAAAGUCUUUAAAAAAAUUCACACUGUUAUCAUGUCAACUUACACUCGGUUGCCUUUUUUGUUUGGCCUUAAAUUUUUUUCUACCUCAACAGUUGUGUCCCACCAAGGUACUGUGACCCAAGGAAAGUACAUUCAUCAUUGCUGUCACUAUACCUCCAGAAGUAUGUUGAUGUUACAGUUAUCAUGACUCUUUGAACUACAACAUCCUCAUCCAUCCUUCAGAGUACAAGUACUGUACUUCCCACCUCCAGAAAUGCAACACCCUCAUCUCAUCCUUCUGAGUACAGGUACUGUACUUUCCACCUCCAGAAAUGCAACAUCCUAACUCAUCCUUCAAAUACAGGUACUGUACUUCCCACUUCCAGAACUGUAACAUCCUCACUCGUUCUUCAGAGUGCAGGCACUGCACUUCCCACCUCCAGAAAUGCAACAUCCUCACUCAUCCUUCAGAGUACAGGUAUUGUACUUCCCACUUCCAAAACUGUAACAUCCUCAUCUAUCCUUCAGAGUACAGGCACUGUACUUCCCACCUCCAGAACUGUAACAUCUUUGCUCAUCCUUCAGAGUACAGGCAUUGUACUUCCCACCUCCAGAAAUGCAACAUCCUCACUCAUCCUUCAGAGUACAGGCAUUGUACUUCCCACCUCCAGAACUGUAACAUCCUCACUCAUCCUUCAGAAUACAGGCACUGUACUUCCCACCUCCACCUCCUGCUAACUGGUUAACAUUAAUUCUUCCAUAAAUGUUACUUUGCUCACACUCCAACAGCACAUGAAGUCAUAAAAGCCACUUAGGCUUCAUGUUUACCAAUAAUCAGUCAUCUAUUCAGUGGUGUGUACCAGCAGCAUUUGCAUAGUUUGCAACAGUAGGUCCAUGUUUAUUCAACUUAAAUCCAGAAGUAUAUGGCUGUCACAAGCAAUAGUGAAGGCAGCAAGUUAGGACUUGCUGCCUUCAUUCUUAAGUUUCAUGUACGAAGUAAUUGCGUUUACGCCAUUGUAAAGGUGGAAUAUUUUAAGUCGAACCAUCGUAAGUCGAGGAGCACUUGUAUUUUUUGUAAUUUUUGCACACUUUUUCACACAAUAAUAAUGUAUAUGUUUAUUUCUACCGGUACAUAAUACAACUUAUACAGACCAUAGCUGACAUCAGUGACAUACUACUAUAUAGGAAGUCCCUUGUUAUGCUGAGCAUUUCCUGCAAAUUAGGUCAGUUUUGUCCCAGGAUGUGACCCACACCAGUCCACUAACACCCAGGAUGUGACCCACACCAGUCCACUAACACCCAGGAUAUGACCCACACCAGUCCACUAACACCCAGGUACCCAUUUUACUAAUGGGUGAACAUGGAUAACAGGUGUAAGGAAACACGCACAGUGUUUCCACCCUUGCCAGGAAUUGAGCCCGGACAUUCAGCAUGUGAAGCCAGAGCUUUGUCUACCAGGCCAUUACCACUAUUUAAACUGGCACUAAUUGAGUACUUUACUGCUUUUAUUACUAUUUUAAACAUUAGACAGUCCCACUAUUACUCUUUUACAAUAAUAUUUUACUUAAGUGGUCAUACUUUUGACAUCUUUAUUUAUACAUUUCUUGAUCAAGUGAAUUAACCACUUGUGUUCUUUGUGGUCAUAAAUUUUUAUUAUAAAUCAAUAAAGAAAUAUUAGUUUUCCAACUUUCUCUGAGUUUAUUCAAUUAUUUUUAUUGCGUGUUCAGUUGAACUACUGGUGAACAAAAAGUUAUAGUAUAUACAUACAUGUAUUGUAUGGUUAUACAGUAUAUACAUGUACUGGAUAGUUAUACACUUUAUACAUGUACUGGAUAGUUACAGUGUAUAUAGGAUGACCCUUAAUAAAGGAAACACAUUCAUCAUCAUUCUGUCUUGCCAGAAGUGUUGAUAUUUUAAUGCCCCUCCAACAUGUCUGUCCCUUUCCCUGAGUGCAGACACUCUCCUUCCUACCUCCAGGACUGUAACAUCCUCGCCCAUCCUUCACAGUGUAGGUACUGCACUUCCCACCUCCAGGACUGUAACAUCCUCACCCAUCCUUCACAGUGUAGGUACUGUACUUCCCACCUCCAGGACUGUACCAUCCUCACCCAUCUUUCAGAGUACAGGUACUGUACUUCCCACCUCCAGGACUCCAUCCAUCAGCUACACAGCAUAGCUAGCCAUGAAACACUUUCCUACUUGCCUCCAUUCACUCCAAUCUAGUUAAGUUAUGCAAGCCUGCUGGAUGCAGUACAGUGGACCCCUGCUUUAUGAUCAGCUCCCAAUGCGACCAAUUAUGUAAGUGUACAGUAUUUAUGUAAGUGUGUUUGUACGUGUAUGUUUGGGGGUCUGAAAUGGACUAAUCUAAUUCACAAUAUUCCUUAUGGGAACAAAUUCGGCCCGGUGGUCUGGUGGCUAAAGCUCCCGCUUCACACACGGAGGGCCCGGGUUCGAUUCCUGGCGGGUGGAAAUUCCGACACGUUUCCUUACACCUAUUGUCCUGUUCACCUAGCAGCAAAUAGGUACCUGGGUGUUAGUCGACUGGUGUGGGUCGCAUCCUGGGGGACAAGAUUAAGGACCCCAAUGGAAAUAAGUUAGACAGUCCUCGAUGACGCACUGACUUUCUUGGGUUAUCCUGGGUGGCUAACCCUCCGGGGUUAAAAAUCCGAACGAAAUCUUAUCUUAUCUUAUCUUAACAUACUUCUGGAAUGAAAUAAUAUCGUAAACUGGGGGUCCACUGUACUUCCAGAGGCUCUAAAGGUCUAGUAAAGUUAUACAAGCCUGCUGGAUGCAGUACCUUCAAGCUCUGAAGGUCUAUCCGCCUUCAUCCUUUUUUUCCUGGAACAACAAUUACCUAUCUUCCACCUCAGAUUUAUACACCUUCUUGGUUAUAUUCUCCUCUAUAUUGAGGAGUCCCAAUCCACCUCAACAUUCCCUCCUAUCAGUAACGAUUUUAUUUUUUAAACAGUGGAGGGGUAAGCUAGUGGAAGGCCUCAGUCAGAUGACCAAAAGCUACAGCUGUGGGUCAUCAUAUAUAUGACUAAAACUUGUGGCAGGAAACACUUGUACUGUUUCCUGAAAAAUCUUACCUAACUUUACCUCUAACCCUUCCUCAACACUCAAUUAUACCUUUAGUAACCACAUACACUUUUUAAUUUCUAUGCUCUCAAUUCUCUACAUAAUAUUCAUACCACACUUUGCUCUCAGAUGUAACAUCUGUUCUGCCUUCAACAUUUAAAACCCAUGACUCACACUCAUAUAAAAGUGUUGGUACCACUAUACUCUGGUACAUUCCCAGUUUUUGCAUACACAAAUGAACAUAUUUCUUUCCAGAUAGAUCUCAAAACACCAUCUACAUUUUUCCCCUUAUCUGUUCUGUUGUUCAUCUCAUCUUUCACAGACCCAUCUGCUGACAUGUUCACUCCCAAGUAUCUGAACACAUCCACAACCUACGAACUUCCUCCAGUCUGAUAUUCUUUCAUUGUCAAGACUGUUAUCCUCAUCACUUAGUUUUUUCCAAUGUUUACUCUUAAUUGCCUUCUUUUAUAUAUCCUUUCAUGUUCCUCCACCAACUUAUGCAACUAUUAUCAAGAAUCUCCCAAAAGAACAGUAUCAUCAGGAAAGAGCAACUCUCAUGCAUGCAUGCAUGCAUACAUACAUGCAUGCAUACAUGUGUGUGUGCGUACGUUCACCUAAUUCACUGAAUAGUGGUUGCAGGGGUCGAGUUAUAGCUCCUGGCUCCUCCUCUUCACUGGUUACUACUACGUCCUUUCUCCCUGCUCCACGAGCUUCAUCAUACACCUUAAAUCUGUGUAUGGAUCUUGCCUCUGCUACAUCACUUUCCAGACUAUUCCACUUUCUGACACCUUGUCAAUUCCUCUCAGUAUUUUAUAUGCCAUUGUUAUGUCCCCCUUAUCUCUCCAGUAUUAUCAGGUCAAUUUCCCUUAACCUUUCCUCAUAGUUCAUGCCCCUUAGCUCCAGGACUAGUCUUGUUGCAAACCUUUGCACUUGACCAGGUAUGGUUUCCAAACUGGUGCUGCAAACUCCAACAUUGGCCUGACGUACACAGUGUACAGUGCCUGACGUACACAGUGUACAGCGCCUGACGUACACAGUGUACAGUGCCUGACGUACACGGUGUACAGUGCCUGACGUACACGGUGUACAGUGCCUGAUGUACAUGGUGUACAGAGUCUUGAACGAUUCUUUACUAAGGUGUCUAAACACUAUUCUUAGGUUUGCUAGUCUCCCAUAUGCUGAAGGAGUGGUUAUUUGGUUGAUGUGCGCCUCAGGAGAUGUGCUCAGUAUUCUCACCCCAAUAUCCUUUACCUUGAAUGAAGUUUGAAAACUUUGGGCCCCUAGCCUGUACUCUGCAGUCUUCUUUGCCCUUCCCCGAUCUUCAUGACUUUGUACUUCAUGGGGUUGAACUCCAGAAGCCAGUUGCUGGACCAGACUUGCAGCCUGUCCAGAUACCUUUGAAGUCCAACCUGAUCCUCAUCCAACUGAAUUCUCCAAAUUAGCUGUCUGUGUGUGUGUGUGAGGAGGGAGGCUUAGGCUUACAGACACACACACACAACUUCUCUUUCCUCUCUCCUUUUUUUCUCUAAUAGACCAAAAAUUUGUUGCUUUACCUGCCAGGUAUAUUCAUAUAUUAUAAUUUUAGUUGAAUAUUUAGACAAAAUUACUGUAUGGGAAAUUAGCUUCUUUAUUUGUAUAUGUUUUCAAAAUACAAAAAAAAGAAAAAACAAGUUUAAUGAAAAUAUGAAAGAAGUGUUGCUUACUGUAACACACUGUAUCAAGUGCUAGGCUACAGUAAUUGUAAAUUAUGAUUUUUGAUUAGUUGUGUUCAUUCUUACAAAAUAGUAACAAGGCAUUAUGCAUCACCUAUAUAUACCUCUAUCACUGAAAUAUCCUAUGUUAUUUUUGUCUCCAUACGAUGUUAAAUUUAUGCAAGUCCAUGUUUCUUAAGUGCUGGUGAAUUUUGAGUUUGAUAUUAACCCUUAAACUGUCCAAACGUAGAUCUACGUUCACGUGCGUAGCGCAUUGACCUUUAUUUUCUCCAUUUGAAAGCAUGUAAAAAAAAAAAAGAGUAGAUCUACAUUCAGAGCGCUACACAUGUAAACAUAGAUCUACGUUUGGACAGUUUAAGGGUUAAAGGUUGGAACUUUCUGAAUAUUGUAACUUAGAAAACAGUGUUUGUUCAUGACUGUAAUAAUGUACCCGGCUUCAUACCCACAACUUUAUCUUUAAAAGUUUACCAAAAAUGUGUUUCACAGUAUACCAGAUGACUCUUCUAGUUGCUAUCUCCUUAUUAGUAAACAAUUGAGGAUAUAUCAGGAGCUCGGCCCCAAGAUCACACUCUACCUGUAGAAAACUUAGAACUCGUCAAAGGUAUAUCAGAGGUAUAUAUUGAGAGAUUCUGGGAGGCAGUCAUAUUACCGUGACCAGUGUUUGGUGAUACAACACAGUUUGGAGAUUCUGGGAGACCGAGUCAUUACUGUGACCAGUGUUUGGUGAUACAACACAGUUUGGAGAUUCUGGGAGGCCGAGUCAUUACCGUGACCAGUGUUUGGUGAUACAACACAGUUUUCCGCUGUUCUAACUCUCAAGUCAGGAGACGGUAUUCUUCUAUAUGUAAGUUAAGUGGUGGUGAUAUUCAGAGGAUAAUUCCCUUUUAAUUUAAUUACUAUAUUCACUAGGCUGCCACCUCAUUAAUUACAAGCUUAUGUAAUGUAUUAUAUAUAUAUAGCCUCAUGCUAGGCCUAAGGCUGUGGGCCAGUAUGAAAUUUAAUUCUGUGUGAUCUUUUCCUCUUUGGUGAUAAUAUUGAUAUUAUUUAUUUAGAAUAAACACGUCAUUAAACAUAAUUAUCGACUAAGUUAUGCUUUUGUUUUGUAUUAAUAUUGAUGAUUAAGUAACGAGAUACGUUGUAACAGACAAACAUUGAGUGAGUUUAAGAAUCUUGUGUUUGUUACACAGCUAAUUCAGGUAACUAACACAUUGUAAUAUAUUCUCUUUGUAAUAAUAAUACAUUAUAUAUAUAUAUACACACACACAAAUAAGUAAUUACAUACAUACACAAAAAUAUAUAUAUACAUAUAUUAAUUAUAGUAAUGUAUUAAUACCAAGUGCCCAUAAUAAAGAGAAUAUCAACC